CGUUCGUAGUCCAUGUCAAGUAGAUCACUCGUGUUGUUUGUAGAUGAAGCGAGGACCAGCCAGAUCGUCCCCUAAACGCUACAAGAGACCUCAUCACUCAAGUCUAGAUGGACAAGACGACCUUCAUUACGGCAACAUGACCAUGCCGUCCGACGGGAGGGCAGUUGGGCGCCGUCUACCAACCAACAAUCACAGACGCAUAGAUUCACGAGAUUUAGGCCAUCCAACGGAGGAUGCUCACGACAUGUCAGAGUUGGCGCCCCCUUCGGGGGGUCGUCAGGCGCAAGCUCAACUCAAGAUAACGAACCUGUCGCCCGACGUCGAACACCGCCGCCUCAGGGACGCCGUAUUUCAUCGCUUCAAGCACUACGGACGCAUCAUGGUCGUCCUCGAAGGCCGUGGAACGCAGCGAGAGUGCUACGUCGACUUCGACUUCGAAGGUGACGCGUUGACGGCGAAACGCGCCGAGCAGGGAAAGAGCUUGUUCGACUACUCGAUGCAGAUAACGUACAUGAAGCUGACGAGCUACAGUCGCCCGUCGGUCGACGCAACGGAGUCGCGUGAGGACGGACGGGCCUCGACGGGCGAGCAACCGCCGACGAGGACGCUGUUUGUCGGCAAUUUGGAGUUGGACGUCGCAGAUCGCGAGUUGCGGCGCGUUUUCUCCGAGUUCGGUAAGGUCGAGAACGUAGACAUAAAGCGUGCGUCUCAGGGGUCGCAGGCGACGUAUGCUUUCGUGCGUUUCUCGAGUCUGGAGGCCGCCAUGAGAGCAAGGGACAGAAUGCAGGGAUAUCAGCUUGGGCGCAAUCAUAUGCGCAUUGGGUAUGGAAGAGGAACUCCGACGACACUCCUGUGGGUAGGGGGAUUGGGAUACUGGGUGUCGAAGGCCGAGCUGGAGCAGGAGUUCGACCGUUUUGGAAUGAUCCGAUGGAUUGACUACCGGCCGGAUGAAAGCUAUUCCUACAUUCAGUACGACAGUCUCGAUGCCGCCAUUGCAGCUUGCAACGAGAUGAGAGGCUCUCGUUUGGGCGGUCACAAGUUGCAGGUUGAUUUUGCAGAUCCUCAUCUUACUCACUCACAGUCAAGAGAUAGGAAGGUCACGUACACACCACCUUUUGUUUCAUUUCGGACUUCACAAGGAUACAAAGCUGCUCCACGUAGGUAUGAUCAACAGAGAGGAAAUCUUGAUCAUCACAGCGAGCCGAGGACGACUGGACAUCGGCAGCAGUUGGAUCAAUAUGAAGACAUAAAUGACUUUGAGUUGCCACCCUAUGAACCGAUCAGGAGAGAUUCACGUAAUUCGUAUGGAGAUGAUGUAAGGUACGACAGUGAGCCUGUUACUCGCCGGAGACCAACCGUUGAAUAUGAACGAUAUCAGAAUGUUGGGCAUCAAAAUGCAACUCGUCCGAAUGCAGCUCGUAUGGGUUUUCACAGCCGUCAUGCAGACAAUGGGCAACCGCCUUCUAAGAGGCCACGGCUAAACUCUGAGACCAGACCGGUGACUCGACCUCAUCAGCCCAGACCGGUUCCUCGACCUUCUCUGCAGCAGCGAAUUGAAAAUGCAAAGUCGGCACGACGAACGUCUUCAAUUUCACAGGCUGUAAGACGAUUCUCAACUUCUGGUCAUCAACGGACGCGACAUGCAUCUGUGCAUGAGCAGCUACAACACAAAUCCAAAGACAACAGUUUACGUCCUGUCAGCCGAUCUAGGGCUUACUCUGACAGCAAAUCAUACAGUAAACCAAGAGUAAAGACCAAGGGAUCAUUGCUGACUCGUUCUCAGUCGGCUAGGGAUUCAAAGCCAGACAAGACGGAGAGGAAAGAAAAGGAGGCAAAACCAGAAGACAAAAAAUCAUCAAAAACGACUACAGUAACUACUACGAAGACAGCAGAGUCACUGAGUGAUCUUGCCAAGCGCUUUGCUGUCGCAUGGAAGGGGCAACUGCAGUUAAAGACGGCUGCUUUUACUGUGAGAAUGCAUCUUAUUGCCGGUGACCCCAGUCUGGCAGACCAGUUGCUUCGAGGUGCUCGGGGGCAGACAAUUGCUAACACUUCGUUCUCAGUAACACAAAGACUGCGUCUUGAGCAGACGAAACUGGAGGAGGUGAACCGAAAGGUGAACACUGCAGGACCAAGUGGACAUUGCAUGUUGCUUGCUCUGCCUGGCCCAACUCCUACCGUCAAAGAUCAAAAGCAACAGGACGUCGAUCCCGAAGAGUCAGACAGUCAAUCUAUGAAGCACCUUCCUGUUAGAAACUUCAUUACAUAUCUGAGAGGACGCGAGGCUGCCGGAAUUGUGAUGCUGUCGGCUCCGGUCAGUGCUAGUGGUGCCACAACGACAGGCAACUCAUCUGGGGUGAUGUACAUCUUCCCUCCGUGUAUAUUCAGCCAGCAGCACCUGACAAGAAUUGCUCCAAGUUUGCCAGCUGAGCCGUCCAAAGAAGAUCAUCUUUUGGUAAUCGUUGUGAGGAACACGAGCUGAAGGAUUAUUGGUGAUUUCACAUUGUUUUGCGUAUCUGUGGACGGCUAGUCCUGUCCUGGUCUUCAGUUUGCAUUUCUGAUAACGUAUUGUGCCAGCGAUUGCUAUUACGGUGCUUAUGGAAAUAACACCUGAGUAACACCAGUUCUAAUAUAGUUCAGCUACCUGGUCCAUUGUGUUGCUGUCCUCUGCUUGGAAAAUGGAGGUUAUGCGGGCAAUUGUGAUGUGCUUUAUGUUUACGGUGUGUUGAAUGGCAACAAAGGCUUUGCAAAGUGUAGGGUGAUGUGUGUUCGGGCAUGUAAUAGUGUAUGUGAAAAUGGAAGUGGGUUUUCUAUCUCUAUUGUGCAAGCCACGGCUGCUGCCAGUGGGCAGUCUAUUGCAGUGGGUUUUCUAUCUCUAUUGUGCAAGCCACAGCUGCUGCAAGUGGGCAGUCUGUUGUCAGCUCAAAUGGCCUUGAAUCAUGGCUGCUGCUUGGGUGGAAAAUGUGUCAGCAGUUCUCAGUAGACCCAGCAAGCGUCUCUGAUGGCAACUUCUUGUGUCUCUUGAGAAGCACGUGAAAUGGCGAUGCUGCAGAGCUGUGCAAGUUUGCUCGAUUAGCCAAAGAAGCACAAGAGCUGCUCUAGUUUGUUAUUCCUCAAGGAAAAGUUGUUGCAUGAGUAAAGUUGUUUGGAAAAUAUCACCAGUCAUGUCAGAAAAGGUGAUCAAUCGGUCAAGUUGAGGAAUAAACUGUUCCCAAUCCACUGGAAUGCUGUGAAGUUGUAGCGCAUAUGAACUGUCAGCAUCGUGCAAGAGAUGUCAUUUCAUAUCAUCGGAGAUUGCCAUUCCAUCUAAUCAGUGGCUUGCAUAGUGUUGCAUCGUAGUUUUAAUUAAACUACCUUUUCAUCAAUUUUAUAAGUUGGGAGGGU